GUCCUGCAUUUCAGGGAAGUGCAAUUUAGAGAUGCAACCUGGUGUUCUUUUAAGGAGGGUAUCCAAAAAGCCCCUGGCAUUCUAAUACACGAUUUUUGUCUGAUUUUCAGUUGUACGUUUGAAUUAAUCUGUAGAGGAACAUGCUAGCUAGAGAAGAUGGGGACUGAAGCCCAGCCCAGCCGAUGGGUACCAGAUUAAGUUGGUCUAUUCCAUUUUGUCUUGAAAAUCAAAGAAAUAACGUUGGAUGUAGCACACAGGCCUAUUGUUACAGAUACGAAAGGGAUCAUAUAUCUACAAUGCCUUGUUUGUCCACCCAAUAAUAAACGUUCCUUUUUUUGAUUUAAGGGAUUUUUCUCUUUUUGUUUUCAUUUUACUUGGAACCUCAGUGUAAUCUUUUCCUCUUGGCUUUCUUCACCAUUCUUCCCUGUUUUCUGGUGAAUUUCAACAUUUAACUGGAGUAAUGAUUUACCUUGAUUACUCUCCUGCUUUUUCACCAAGGCCAGUAAAUCUAACAAUACUUAUUUACAUCAGCAUAAACAACCUGGAAGGACAUUUGCACUGAGAAACCCCAUCUCAUUUACCCAUAGCAACAACUGAGUUCUUGGAUUCUUCUUGCUUUUUUUUUUAAAGAUUUUUUUUUUAUCCCACCUUUAUGAUUUUUUUUUAUGAAUAACUCAAGGUGGCGAACAUACCUAAUACUCCUUCCUCCUAUUUUCCUGAAGGUGUCAACCAACUGCUGACAUCACUGGUGAAUCUGGACUUGUGGUUUGCUUUGAUCUUCACAAACCCUAGCUUAAGAUCCAGGUUGUUAAACCUUUUGGUUUAUUUAGCUGGACCCCCAGUGACAACAGCAAGCUGGUCAUGAUUGAUCUUGAGAAAGCAAUAGGAUUGGACCUGGCACUUGGAUGAGAGACCACCAGGAAAUGCCAGCUCGGUUGGCUAGAAUGGGAAGUAGGAGUGGAACUUGACAGGCAGGAUCUUUUCCUUGCCCAAGGAUGGUGAUGCAAGACUGGCACUGGAUGGGCCUCAUCCUGUUUUUCUGCAUGCCAUUGUUAACACCACAGUCUCUGCUCUCGGACCAGGCCAGGCAGAUGAUCUGUGCACACUUGGGUGGCUCACCCAGCCCCCAGCUUCAGCAGGAGCUCUGUCAGGUGGGCUCUCCCAGUUGAAGGGCGAGACUUUGGCGUCAUGCAGUUCAAGCGCUGGCUCCCCCAGGUGGGGGCCCAGUACAGCCGAGUGAAGCCGAGAGUGCGCAGAGGGAGGAGCCGGGGAGCUGCGUCGCUGGCAACGCCCCUGGAUGUCAUGUUGGAUGCAGGGAGCAGCCCUCUCAAAAGAAUAUUUCACGUAGACCGGACUCGGUGCUCCUUGGCAUCUCCUCUCAGGAACUUCACCCAUUAUCAGGGAAUGUUACAAGGGGCAGCAUCUCAGCCUGCUUCCAUCAGGCAGAACCAGAUAGCACUGAAGAACUUAGCAACUUCUGAAGCCAUAAAAAAACACAAGGAAAGCCUAGCUGAUUGGUUUCGCCUGCAGCCCAAUGAGGAGAGACAGUUUGGUCCUUCCUUUGCACUGGGUGCUAUCCACAUCAAUCCAGUGAUCCGGGAGAGUUCCCUGGAGGAAAUCUUGAAACCCUCUCCAGAUCUGACAAUCCAGAACCAACUCCAGGCCUCUUGCUGUCAUACCAUUGGACUCCAGAACCUUUUUGACACGGAUCCCUGUGGACAGCAAGUGAAGAAUGUGGUUCUCUAUGGGACGGUGGGCACAGGGAAAAGCACCCUCAUCAAGAAGAUGGUGAUGGACUGGUGCUAUGGGCGCCUGCCCCGUUUUGAGCUGCUCCUUCCCUUCUCCUGUGAAGAUCUUUCUCAGGGCAACACACCCCUGUCUUUGCGCCGCCUAGUUACCAAGAAAUACCUCCACCUCCGGGAUAUGGCCCCACUGCUGGGCUCCAGCAACCUCAAGGUCCUCAUCAUCCUCAAUGGCCUUGACCGCCUCAACUUGGACUUCCGCCUGGCCCGCACGGAGCUUUGUUGUGACCCCAAUGAACCCAUCUUGCCAUCUGCUAUUGUAGUCAACCUGCUCAGAAAGUACAUGAUGCCUGAGGCAAGCAUCAUCGUCACUACACGCCCUUCGGCAGUGCGUCGGAUCCCCAGCAAGUUUGUGGGACGCUAUGUUGAAGUCUGUGGCUUCUCUGACAUCAAUCUCCAGAAGCUUUACUUCCAGACGCGCCUACAGCAGCCUGAGUGUAUUGGAAUCUCUGGUCCACCGACAGCAGAGCAGGCGAGUGAGAAGGACAACCUUCUGGAGAUGCUUUCAAGGAAUCUGGAGAGGCACAACCAGAUUAUGGCUGCCUGCUUCCUUCCGUCUUACUGCUGGUUGGUGUGCACUACCUUGCACUUCCUUUAUUUUACCAAGACAGUACCUCCAGCUCAAACUCUCACAGGGAUCUACACCAGCUUCCUACGACUCAACUUCAGUGGGGAAGUUCUGGAUAGCACAGAUCCCUCCAACAUCUCCAUGAUGAAGUAUGUGGCCAAGACAGUGGGCAAGUUGGCCUACGAGGGGGUGAUGUCUCGACAGACUAGCUUUACAGAGAAGGACCUCCGCCGCUGCUUUGAGGUGGAGAUGAAGAUGGAGAGUGAGCUUAACCUCCUGAACACCUUCCGGAGUGACGUCUUCCGCUUCUUUUUGACCCCCUGUGUGCAGUCAGGCAAGGAGCACACUUUUGUCUUCACCAUUCCUGCCAUGCAAGAAUACCUGGCAGCUCUGUACGUGGUCUUGGGGGAGAAGAAGACCCUGGUGCAACGGGUGGGCAAGGAAGUCUCUGAAGUUAUUGGAAAAGUGAGCGAAGAUGUGGCUCUGGUGCUCAGUGUUGUUUCCAAGUUCUUGCCAUUGCGCAUCCUGCCACUUCUCUUCAAUCUCAUCAAGAUGUUCCCCCGCUAUUUCAGCCGGUUCAGCAGCAAGGACCGUGACACCAUCGCCCGCACCAUGGCAGUGGAAAUGUUCAAAGAGGAGGACUACUUCAAUGAUGAUGUCUUGGACCAGAUCAACUUCAGCAUUCUUGGGGUGGAAGGCCCCAUGCGCCACCCAGAUGAAGCUUCCGAUGAUGAGGUCUUUGAACUCUUCCCCAUCUUCAUGGGUGGGUUGCUGUCAUGGCGUAACCGGGCCAUCCUGGAUCAACUGGGCUGUUCCAUCAAGAACCUGGCUGCUUUUGAGAUUGCCAAGGCAAUGAAGAAAACGGUCAUCCGAAAUAGCCGUAAGGGCUUGCCACCAUCUGAGCUGAUGGACUAUCUCUUUUUUUUGCAUGAGUUCCAAAACGAACGUUUCACAGCUGAAGCUAUCCAAUCCUUGAGGACCAUCAACCUCUCUUCAGUGAAGAUGACCCCUCUCAAAUGUGCAGUCCUGGCCUCAGUUGUGGGCACCACGAGCCACAACGUGGAGGAGCUAAAUCUUGCCUCUUGCCAUCUUGACGUCGACAGCCUGAGGACCCUCUUCCCGAUCUUGCUACGAUGCAAGAAACUCCACUUGCAGCUCAACAGUCUGGGCCCAGAGGCGUGCAAGGAGAUCCGGAAUCUGCUUCUGCAUGACAAAUGUGUGGUAAACACCUUGCGGCUUGCUGACAACCCACUGACAGAGCAGGGAGCCCUCUACCUUGCUGAAGGCCUGGCAGGCAACAGUUCUUUGAGAAAUCUCUCGCUACUUCACACCUCUCUGGGGAACCAGGGCGUAAAGGUGAUCACCCAGCACCUGACUCAGAACCAGCACCUGCAGGAGCUUGAUGUGGCCUACAAUUCGCUGACCGAUGAAGCUGCGCUGGCCCUGGUAGAGGAGGCCAAGAAACAUGCGACACUACAAACAGUGCAUUUGUACUUCAAUGAGAUCAGUGAAGAAGGCAAGCAAGCUCUGCACGAGUUGCGCAAGGACCGUGACGGCAUCAAAGUGCUCAUUUUCCUGACCAUGGGAGCAGACGUGUCCGACUACUGGGCCAUCAUUCUGAACGUGGUCCAGAAGAACCUGCCCAUCUGGGACCGGGAGCGGGUGCAACAGCAUCUGGGGCUGCUGCUGGAAGAUCUGCAGUGCAGCCGCCGCCAGACGGUCAACCCCUGGAAGAAAGUCAAGUUCAUGAGAGUGGAGAGUGAGGUCAAGAGGAUGCUGGGUCACAUGCAACGGGGUGCUCUUUGACCCUCUGUUCCUUGGAGCUGUCUGGAAGCAGAGCACUGGAUUGCUGAUAUGUGGGCUUCUUACCACGUCAUCGAUGCACCAGUUGACUCAGAUGCUGAGGAAAAUCUGGUUGGCCACCAUGGGUACCGGACUAAAUUGGCUAAGCUGUCUAAGGGCUCUUCUGACAUUGUUAUGAAAUUAAGUUGGCAGAUAUUGUAGACACAUCUGCAAAUCAAAGACUGAAUCAGUUAUCCAUCUCACAUAUCAGGCGGCCUCCUGCCUUAAUCUCAUCUCUAUGUUUGCUGCUUUAAAUCAGCCUUUGCAACCUGUUGCCUUCCAAGCAUGUCGGACUACAGCACCCAUCACUUCCAGUUUGCAUGGAUGUAGUCUGAUACCUCUGGAGGGCAGUAAGUUGGAGAAAGUAGAUCCCUACAAACUUUUGUCAUGUUACAGCGCAUGGUGUGCAUUUUUUAAAAAUUAUCCAACAACCCAGAAGUUGAGUGCAAGAUCGCUUUGUGACCUCACAAGCGCUUGCCGUUUGGUGCUAUGCAUAGUUGUUCCAAACCCACCGUACUGACUUUCCCAUAAUUUACUCUGGGGAGAAAAUGGGUUAGUUGCAGUUGAUACUAAAUUAUAAAAGUGAUCUUACCAGCCAAAUGAUAUUUCAUUGAAUACGCUAGAGAUAAUGUAGGUAUUUUUAUGUGCUUUCUCUGAUGGGGUUGGCGAGAAAAAUUGAUGCUGACCCAAAGUUUUCCUGUGUCUGCAAUUCAAAGAGGGAUGUUGUUAUUCUCUCUAUCCCCCAACGUUUCCCAUGGCACCCUUUCCCUCUCGCUCCUUCCAUCGGUACCACAUACAAAAUACCUCACAUCUUAUUCUUCAUCACAUAGUGACUUUUCUCCCAUUUAUUAAAAUUUGCACACUUGGCAGGAGGGAUAUUACACCAUAUCUGGAUCUAAAGAGAUGAAUGGUUUUGUCAUAUCAGUGAGGACUAGCAGCAUGUGGGAUUUGGUGGCCUAUAGCCCUGCCAUUUUCUUUUGCUUUGGUGAGGGGGGUCCUUUCAGCUUUUUCUAUGCAAAGUUUUCCCCUGUGCCUCUUUUCCCCCAUGGGCGAUUGGCUGGAUUCUCUUGGAAGAAUGCAGAGGAAUGUUAAUGGAAUAUGAGAUGAGAUGUGAUCUGUGAUAUGAUCUUGUUAUUCAUCUCAGCCAGAUUUCUGGACUGGGCUCAGAUCACUCCAAUGGGGACAGAAGGAGUGAUAAAAAAGGGCUGACUGGUCACUGGGGUGGGAAUUGUUCUGCCUAUGUGCCUCAAAACUAAAAGCCCUUUCCUUCAGUUCAACACAUCCAGGACCUAUGCAUCAUGUUUCCACAAUCAGGAAAAAAAUAAAGAUAUGUGCAUUUGAUACAAGGAUACAGUGGGAGUCCAGCUGCCACAGGGUGGGAGUUGGAAGGACUGUGAGAAGAAAGUUCUGAUUCAUGCAGGAUGCAUUAACAUCGUUCUGUAGAGCAGGGG